AUGUGGAAGGAUUUAAAAAUAGUUCAUGGUAAGCCAAGACACUCCCAAAACCAAGGUUCAGUUGAAAGAGCAAACAAAGAUGUCGAAAAUAUGCUUGCAUCAUGGCUUCAAGAUAAUAAAACAAAAAAAUGGAGUAAUGGCUUAAAAUUCGUACAGUCAAUGAAAAAUCGUGUUUACCACCAUGGUACAAAACAUUCACAAUAUGAAGCGAUGUUUGGAACACCCCCUAAAAUUGGUUUAACGUCUUCAUUACUUCCUGUGAACAUGAUUGCGAAAUUAAAAAUCGAAGAACUUCAGGUUGCCUUAGAGUCAAUACAGAUCCUUUCUAACGACAACAAACAUAAUGAAGUAGAAGAAGAAGAUGAUGAAGAUCAAAUAAUUGAAAAACAAACAAAAACAAGACAAACGUCAAUUAACCAAAACAGGAAAGAGUCAUUAAAUAAUCUGAAAAUGUCCGAAAAACGAUUUUGCUAA